GUUAAAAUGUUUUUCACUAAAAUCCAAGUGAGCGCUGUUCUGCUCUUGGCCAUUUCUAGCCAAUUGGCCUGGGGUCAAUUCAAUCCAAAUUAUGUAUCGGGUCGCGAUACCAUGGUCCAUUUGUUCGAAUGGAAAUGGGAUGACAUUGCGGCGGAAUGUGAAAAUUUCUUGGCGCCCAAGGGCUAUGCUGGUGUUCAGGUCUCCCCCGUCACCGAAAAUGUAGUUGUUGCCAAUCGUCCCUGGUGGGAACGUUAUCAACCCGUCUCCUACUUGAUGACCACCCGUUCCGGUAAUGAAGCCCAAUUCGCCAGUAUGGUUAAACGUUGCAACAAUGUUGGUGUACGCAUCUAUGUCGAUAUUGUUUUCAAUCAUAUGGCUGCCAGUCACGCCUCGGUUGUGGGUACUGGUGGUUCUAAGGCUGAUCCCAAUUCAAAGAGUUACCCUGCCGUACCUUAUUCCUCAACUGAUUUCCAUGCCACUUGUGGCAUUAGCAACUAUAAUGAUGUCAAUCAAGUCCGUAAUUGUGAAUUGGUUGGUUUGAAGGAUUUGGAUCAAAGUAAGGAAUGGGUACGCGAUCGCAUCGUGGAAUUUAUGAAUAAAUUGAUUUCGUUGGGUGUUGCUGGUUUCCGCGUCGAUGCUGCUAAACAUAUGUGGCCAGCUGAUUUGAAGGUUAUCUACUCCCGCCUGAACAACUUGAACACAGCCCAUGGUUUCGCAGCCAACACCCGCCCCUUCAUCGUUCAAGAAGUUAUCGAUAUGGGCGGCGAGGCCAUCUCCAAAUAUGAAUACACCGAUUUGGGUGCCGUCACCGAAUUCAGACAUUCCGAUUCCAUUGGUAAGGUAUUCCGUGGUAAAGAUCAAAUGCGUUGGUUGGUCAACUGGGGUACCGCAUGGGGUUUCAUGCCCUCCGAUCGUUCUUUGGUCUUCGUCGAUAAUCACGAUAAUCAACGUGGUCAUGGUGCUGGCGGUGCUGAUAUCCUCAACUAUAAAACCUCGAAACAAUAUAAAAUGGCCAAUGCCUUUAUGUUGGCCCAUCCCUUCGGUAUUACACGUGUUAUGUCCUCCUUCGCCUUCGACAAUACCGAUCAGGGACCACCCACCACCGAUGGUAAUACCAUUCGUUCUCCGACAUUCAAUGCUGAUAACUCUUGCAGUGGCGGUUGGGUUUGUGAACAUCGUUGGCGUCAAAUUUACAACAUGGUUGGAUUCCGUAAUGUUGCCGGUAAUACAGCCGUUCAAAAUUGGUAUGAUAAUGGUAGCAAUCAGAUCGCAUUCUGUCGCGGUAAUAAGGCUUUCAUUGCUUUGAAUGGUGAUUCGUAUGAUAUGAAUACUACAUUGCAAACAUGCUUGCCAGCUGGUACUUAUUGUGACAUUAUUUCGGGUUUGAAAUCUGGUUCCAGUUGUACUGGUAAAUCGGUGGUGGUUGGUUCGGAUGGUCGUGCCACUAUUACUAUUCGCAAGUCUGAAGAGGAUGGUGUCUUGGCUAUACAUGUUAACUCGAAAUUGUAAAGAA